AUGCAUGCAAUAGGGCCCCGGGCCCUUGCCUCAGCCUCCAGAGUCUCUGCGUCGUCAAGAUUAGCGCUUUCGGUUGCUCACCGGAGCCAGUGUCGACAAUUCCACCCGUCAUAUAGGUUACGGAAAAGUCCGUCCGAAGGCGGCGCCGGCGCAGAGGACGGCAAACCGCCAGAGAAACCCGCAGGCGAGCAGCAGGACGACAGCAGCAGCAGAAACCGAGAUGAUGGCUUGAACAAGACCGAGGCCAACUCGUCAGAGUCGGCGUUCCGACGCUCGAGGGGUGGCGCGUUCGCCUCUGCGAGAGCGCGUCUUGCGCGGCCGCGGCCCGCCGACGAGCUGCCGCCGGUGAAGCUGCCGCAGAGCUUCCUUGAGACUGGCGUGUCGCUGUACGACCCCGAGAACAGAAUCAACACCCUCACGAACGAUCUUUGGCACCACCGGUAUAUGGGCGCCCGCUGGCACGACUUGCUAUGGAAAGAUUUGGAACUCGUCUUUAGUCACGCCUCCUGGACCGACGAGAAGUUGCAGGAUGCGCUGCGCCGGGGUAAUCUCGAAGCCAUCGAGAGGCGGAAUCGCAUCUUGGCCGAGGCGUCGCAGUGGUUGAGCCUCUCCAUCGACGAGAUGCGGUCUUCAAACAAUCUACAGAGCUCCCGCGAGCCGCUGCCAACGACCGAAUUCGCAGACAUGCUUCGCUACUCCAACAAGUUCGUCCUCUCCAACCUCCUGUCGCAACACACCCGCGAAACGACGGACGCCGAUCCCGUACAAGAACAAGACCAGGACAGCGUUCUGCAAUCACUGGUUGAGCAAUAUAUCGAGGAGGGACGGCCCAAGCCGAGGCGCGACGGACUCAGGUUAUUCGACCCCAGGAUCCGCGGUGAGAUCGUCACGGCGGUGCGCGCAGAGCUCUCCUUGCAGCCGGACGCGAGCGCGGUGGGGAGGGAGCUUAAGAGACCCCUCACUAUUGUCAACAUCCCGAACUACACCGGUCGAAGUCACACCAAGAAGCUCAUGAAGCACGUUGCGUCGUGCGUCGAGGCGGAUGUUGUCCACCUCGAUGCGCAGGAGUUGGCGAUGCUUGUGGGCGACUACAUCGGACAGGAUUGCGCCUACUCGCGAGGCUCCAUCUCCAUAUUGGGAUACCGUGCGGCGGAGAUGAACGGACGUCUGGUCAAGACCGAGGAGCCGUCCAAGCCGAAUGAGGAGGACCUGUCUGGGGAGAUUGAGGCUGCCUGGGUCAACCUUCGAGAUCACGGUGUAGAUGGCGGCUACAGCAGCCCCAUGGACAACGAGCUUCAAAAGAUUAGGGAGGGCCCUAAAGACUACAUCCUCCCCUCUGUCGACCGAUGGGAGAAUCUCAAGAUCAACGCUGUCCUCGAGGAGAUUGCCAACUCUGCCUCAAAAAUGUCGUCGCAGCCCGAGCGAAGCCUCAUCAUUCACGUGGACGACUUCGUCGAGCUCAAUAUGACGCUCGAGGGCGCGCUGCUCAUCGGUAGACUACGCAGUAUCGUUGAUACCAUGUGGCGCGCUGGAAAGAAGGUCACGCUCGUCGGCACAUCGUCCAACGAGAACCCAUCGGACCAGUACGCCUCAACACUCAAGGAGAUCGCCGCCGAAGAGUGCCUGAUCCCCUUACCCCUCAACUUCCAGCGGAUCACAAACGCCAGCAACACCAAGAAGAUCUACGAGGCCAACGACUACCUGCAAGAGAACCUGCGGAACAUCCAGCACAUGCUGAGGUCCAUCGCCGGCCACUCACCCGACACGAGCAAGCUGCGCAUCGUCGGUGUGUCCAAGUCCUCGCCGCCACAGUACCUCCUCGAUGACACCGAGGGCUCCUACAUGGAGGUCUCGCUGAUCCCGCGCGUCUUGGCCACCUCCAUCCUGCCCCUCUCUGACGUCUACCACAUCACCCGCCUCUUCUACGCCUGCCAGGGCUCCGUCAGUCCCGACCAAUCGUGGCGGGUGCUCUUCGACGUCGUCGAGUCCAGCAGUUAUAGCACCGCCCAGAUGCACCGCCUCCAAGACCGGCCGACGCGCUCCAAGCCGUCCGCCGCCGGCGGGGCCUCCGCGUCAUCCGAUAUGCAGAAGCCCGAGCCCGAACGCCUCCGCGUGUCGGGCAACUACAACGACUACGAGAAGAAGCUCCUCAGUGGCCUCGUCAACAGCAGCGAGAUUAAGACGACGUUCGACGACGUCCAUGCCGACCCGGAAACCAAGAACAACCUCAAACUUCUCACGUCAUUGUCCCUCGUCCGCCCCGAGGCCUUCACCUACGGCGUGCUCGCCACGGACCGGAUCCCGGGCUGCCUCCUCUAUGGUCCCCCAGGCACAGGCAAGACGCUGCUCGCCAAGGCUGUCGCCAAGGAGAGCGGCGCCAACAUGCUCGAGGUCAGCGGCGCGAGCAUCAACGACAUGUACGUCGGCCAGAGCGAGAAGAACGUCCGUGCCCUCUUCUCGCUUGCCAAGAAGCUCUCGCCGCUCGUCAUCUUCAUCGACGAGGCCGACGCGCUCCUCGCGGCCCGCGGGCAGCGCAACCGCGCCGCCCACCGCGAGACUAUCAAUCAGUUCCUCCGCGAGUGGGACGGCAUGUCCGACACAAAGGCCUUUAUCAUGGUCGCCACUAAUCGGCCCUUCGACCUCGACGACGCCGUCCUCCGCCGCCUGCCGCGCAAGAUCCUCGUCGACCUGCCGCUGCAGCCGGACCGCGCCUCCAUCCUCCGCAUCCUCCUCAAGGGCGAGGACUUGGACGCGUCCGUGUCCAUCGACGACAUCGCGCGCAAGACGGUGCUUUACUCCGGCUCCGAUCUCAAGAACCUCUGCGUCGCGGCCGCCAUGACGGCCGUCCAGGAGGAGAGCGAGGAGGCCGCCAAGCACACGGGCCCGACGCCCUACGUGUUCCCACCGAAGCGCACCCUCAGGAAGCACCACUUUGACAAGGCACUGAAGAUGAUCGCCGCCAGCGUCAGCGAGGACAUGGACAGCCUCAAGAGCAUCCGCCGGUUCGACGAGAAGUACGGCGACGUGCGCGCGAAGAACAGCCAGAAGAAGAGGGGCAUGGGCUUCGGCGUGCUGCCGACGUCGGCGGACGCCGAGGAGGCCAGGGUCCGGCAGGCCGUUGCGUAG